GUCACGCCGCGUCAUCACAUCAGCCAGCUGAAAAUUGUCCAAGUGGUGGCCGACGGACGUCGUGGUGCUGCAUUAUUUCAAACAUUCAUCACAUACGUGGACGUAAUUCGACCGCCGAAAGAGCGAGAUGGAGACGAGCGCGUGGCAGUUGAUCUCGAGUACGCAGUACGCUUUGCCCGUGGUGCUGGUGGUGGUGCUGGCCGUGGUGGUCUUUGCCCUCGGCUUCAGGAGCAGCGUAGAACCCCCUACGCUCGCUUACCUCGAGCAAGAGAAGAAACCCGCUGCUAAGAAGGCGAAAAAGCAGAAACCCGCCAAGGAAGAUGUGAGCGAGAAGACACCUGAGGCGAAGAAACCUGUUGAGAAGAAGCAGCAGCCGGAAAAGCCUGCGAAAAAACAGCUGGCAGAAAAACCUGCCAAGAAGCAGCAGGCCGAGCCUCCCGCAGAGAAAAAGCAGGAGAAGGAGCAGAAGACUCCAAACAAUAAGACGAAAGAGAACAACAAGAAGAAUGUGCAGGCCGCGCCGAAGUUGGCUGAAGAAAUCAAGAACAAGAAGAACGAGCGCAACCUGAAGCGUCUGAACCAAUCAGAUGAGAAGCCCCUUGACUUCGACGAUGGUAACUGGGUCCAAGCGCUAUCACGAAAGGACAAGAAGACCAAGCAGGUCAAGCAGGAGGAAGAAAGCGUCGCCAAGAUGAAGAAGAAGGCCCAGAAGGAGGCCAAGCGCAUGGCUGCUGAACUAGUCGCCAAAGCCAAGAAGGACGAGGAAAACACCCAGCAGGCUGCCAAGCAGGCUCAGCAGCAGAAGCAAGAAAUUAAGGUCGUUGAGCAGGAAGAGGAACACGAGGAGCGCGAGAUCAGCAAGAAGCGAAACCGCAAGGGAAGCAGCAGUGCCAAGAAGGCCGAACCUGAGUCCUUGCCAGAAAUUGAGAAGCAGCCUGGACCUUUGGCUGCGACCAAGAAGAGCUCUAUCGAUGAGCCUGCAAGUACUCCUGGCAUCGCCUUUGAUGAAGUUGGAGACUGGCAGGAGAACAAGCCAAAGAAGACAAAGAAGAAGUCGAGAAAGGACUAGUUGCAGAGAAAAACAGGCAUCUGAGGCAUUCUCGCGAUUCAAAAGACAUACAAAAUCUAAGAUUGGUGUUUGACCAGCCAGCUUGCUCAUUGAUUUGCGUUCGUUUAUCCUUCACACUGAAGUUCGAGAUGCCAAAACUCCCGAGAGGAGUGAAACACAAAAAGUUAAUUCCAGAAACUGGUAUCACGAUGCCUCCGACGGAACGGAACCUCCCUUUGAUUUUCGUCUUCCACUCAUAUUGCGUUUCGCAGCACAAAUUAACGCGUUCCAUAGCGAGCAAGCGAGAGUAUAGAAGGAUGCCAAGGCUUCAAAAAGUGGGUGCAAAUUUUUCGGAUAAAAACUGAGGGUACAACUAAGAGCAUAAAUCUAUUUUUAAAAAUCUGGUUGUGAGUGAGUGGCCGAGAGAUUGUGAAAGUGUGAUUUGAUUCCUUGUACUCUGAGCAUUCCCAUGAUUGUCGCUGUGUCCACUUCCAUCCCACAGGCUCUUAGUAGCUUCGAUCUUGUGUAAACAAACCAUCGCUGGCAAUCUGUGAUUGGGAACUUAAUUUUCUGUCGACCAAAACCCAUUGUGGAGCCAUUGUUAUAAUUUUCCCUUUUCAUACGUUCUGAGGAGUUGUGUAUUUUCCCUGAUUCCAUCUCUGCUCCUGAAUGUGCCAAAUGCUCAAUUGUUCUGAUCAUUGAAAUCCCCCAAAAAGACAAGUUGGUACAUUUUGGGGCGGUUGAACAUAAAUAAUGAGAUUGAAUGGUUGCAUGCAAACGUGACGAGUUGUAGUUAGCAGCUGCCCCCCUAGGUGUUCAAAUCAAUCCAGUCGUGCUGAAGAGUUUUCUACGUCAUCACUCAAAAAUGCAAAUCUGCAGUGGCAUCUAUUUUUAUCACUCCUCAGAUUGUUUACCGUGCUUUCUUCAUUUUCACAAUCGCAAAAUAUGAUGGUCCUAAAUGUUCACGUAUCGACAAUGCCAGAGCUGGCUUCUAAAGUGGAAAAAUUACUGAAAUGUAUUUUAAUCAUUGUUUUCGGUAACACUUCUGCAAGUUACAUACAAGUAAUUCACUAAUUUUAAGCCAAUAGGUUAAGAAACGAGACUGUUUGCUGAGUUUUGCCCCCUGUAUCGAUUUAUCCCAUUAUUUCAGACCGAAAAGUGACCAAAUUCACGUGACCCGGGGCCACAAGCAUAUCUCUAGAAUUAAAAUUCGCUUUGACUUUCUCUACUUGGCCAAAACGGUGCCGAAAUCCCUUGAAUUACUGACAUUGCUGCAUUAAUUCCUUGUUUGCUGUUUUGUCUCUUUGAACUGUUGCUUAAUUUUACCCAUAACGUGAGGAUUUUUUUACCUAUUUCAAACUUUUGUUAUGUUUUUACUGCAAUUUUGUUUCAACCGGGGGUGUUAUACGUUUUGCUAUUUAGCUAUAAAGUAAGCUUAGCUAAUGCAUAAGGGCUGUUGAUUUCCCCUUGUUUUACACACACAUGACGUUUGUUACGAUUAAUGUGAUAAGGAAGAAAUAAUAAAUUGCGUCUGCGAUUGUCA